AGGGGUAAGGAGGGGAGGGGCAGAUGUCCAGGCUCCCUUGGGCAGCUCGCGAUCACGACUCCUGUUUCCUUUGGCGUUAAUGGCAAACUGCUUUAUACGGUUGACUACAUUCGAUAGAUUAAUCGUCUAAAACCAGACAUCAGCAGCAAUAAUAUUAAUUUUACUGAAGCUGUUCAAAGGGAUCUCUUUUCAUCCGCCUCUCACCACACCACAGCUGAAGACGAGGAGAGGUUACUGUGAGCUGUGAAUCCCCGAUCGCGAUGACUUCCCUAAAUCCAGACAUAGUUGCUGAGAUAGAGCCCUGCCUCGAUCAUGCUGAGAUAUGUUCUUUGAUAUUUUUACUUUUUGACCACGAAGAAACUGCUCUUCAACACAUACAGCAGGAAAUACAAUCGACACGAAAGCAUAUACAAGUUCUUGAUAGUGCUCUUUAUAAACCUGCACAAAAAUUUCACGAAGGUGUGUUAGCAAAAUGGGCUAGACACGCCCACAAAGACCAUCACUGGCAGGAAAAAUUAUUAGAAGCACUGCUCAUCAUCAAAAAUUAUCAGAUCAUCAGACUAUUAGGCCAAAGCAAAGACAAGUUAGAUUCAAAGUAUUUGCCAAACCAAGUCAACACAUCCCAUCACGUAGAUUUGGUACGGAAGACUCUUUUUUUGCUAUUGGAAGAUUUAUCUAAUGAACAAUGGAAUCAAAUAAUGAUGAACUUGACUACAGUGGCAAGUAAUAACCAGAUAUCUAUUCCAUCAACGUGUUUUGAAAUUCGGGAGUGUUUUUUAGUGUUCCUAAUGACGAGAAAACUUCUACAACUUAAAACUAAGAAAUGCAGUAUGGAUUUUGUAAACAUCAGAAGUGCCUUAAAGUGUGCUAAUCUCUAUUACUGGUCUAACCAGCUAGAAAACCUGGAGAACCAUAUUAACAGGGUUGAAAUGUACCAUGAAGAAGACAAUGCUAAAGAAAAGGACAUAGACGGCUGCAACCUUCCUAGAUUCAAACUUGACUCAAAUCAAGGAACGAUUCUCAUAUUCAAUAUGGAGGACUAUCAGGCAGUGAUGGGAGAUAGGCCGCUUACUAAAAGGGAAGCCUCUCAAUUGGACUGUGAAAAGUUGGAGAGUACUUUCACUCUUUUAAGAUUUAAUGUGGUAAAAAAGAAAAAUUGUCCUUCUGCGCAAGUGCUCAGUGAAAUCCGAAAUUCUUUAAAAGAGUUUUGUAAAAAUGCUAAGCAAGAGAAAGUUGAGCGCUGCUUUAUUGUUGCCAUACUUGCUCAUGGGGUAAAAGAUGGGCUUUUGGGAAUAGAUGGCAAAUUAAUCGAGUGGGAAGACAUACGCAAGGAGAUGCGGAGUGUUGACACUGUUGGUCUCCCUAGGGUGCUUGUAAUUCAAGCUUGUAAAGGAAAUUCCCAGGUUGUUAAAGGAAAAGGGAAACUUGUAGUAGUAGAAGAUGGUCCUUCUAGCGACAAUAACACUUACCCUAGUAAUUUGAGAGAUCUAUUUGAGUUCUCUUCCAGUGUGUCUGGAUUUGCAGCAUUCAGGAGCCCAACACGUGGUUCUCUUUUUAUCCAAAGCUUUUGUAAAAACAUUCUUCUACAUGGAAGGAAACAUGAAGCAAAAGAAUUGUUAACUUUGAUUAACAUUGACUGUGAUAAAUUAAAUUUAGGUUGCAAUGGAAAGUCUGUACAGUCAACUUGUGAACUGAAAGUUUCUUCAACUAAAGCGCUUUUCUUAGAAGUUCCAGACGAAAAUAUUCACAGGGCAAAAGAACUUGUGCGUGAAUGGGAUCAGCUAAAUAAAAAGCAAGAACCCAAAGAAACAAUAAAGACAGAAAGAAGUUGUUGUUCUGUAAAGAAAACAAAGCAUGAAAGAUCUGAAAAUUGCAGAAGAAAGUGUGAUCCCAAUAAAGAGCAAGAUGACCCAUUCUUAAAAGAACUCAUUAAAAAGUUAAUGAGCAUGGAAGAAAAGUAGGGUAGAUAACUUUUCUCACAACUCCCUUACAAAAUUAAGAAUUGAGAAAUUUAUCCUUGUUAAGCAAUAUGUUAAUUUUUAAAAGGUUUUUUUAAUUUUACAUUAGAUCUGUAGAUUUUAUCUGUGUUGGGUUAUGUAUGUUGUUCUGUUGAUUUGUAUUAUUAAUUUUGAAUUUGUAAAUACUUUGCAUACAGUUCUUCUACAAUAUCUUUGCAGUAUCUGAGAAGUUACGAGUGCGCUGCGGCCAAGGUGUGCAGUAUUGCAAUCCAUUGUUCAAUCACAAAUGCAAAUGAAGGAGUUCAGAAUUGGGAUAUUUAUUUGCAUACAAUGAAGGUGUACUUAAAAAUAUUUGGAUGUAAAAGAAAAAAGCAAUGCAAUUCAAAGAAUAUACACAGAUCACAAUUU